AUGAGUCACUUUAGGACAAAAUCUUUUAAGGUUGCAGCUCAUAAAACUCCCUCAAAGUAUGAAAUUGAAGAUGAUCCUAAUAAGGGACAGGAUCAAAAUAAGAUUAGCAAGUUUAGUAAAGAAAAUUUUAUGAGUCCAUCUCCUAAAAAAUAAAAAUUCUCAAAAUCUCCUGAGAGAUCAAAGCCUUUCAAGAAGUAUGAUUUGACCAAAAUAUCACCAGCACCUUAGAAAUAUGUAGGACCUAAAAAAUAUAAAGAGUAUUGGAUGCCAUAAAUUUUAGAGGAAAGUGGUAUUGAUUUUGAUUCAUGUAUUGUAGAACAUAGUUACUUACCACUGAAAACAUUCAACAAUACAGAUUAUGACUUUUAUUCUAAUGAAGAAAUCUUCUAAAAACUUCAAGAAAGAGGUGAAAUGAGAGCACAAGCUAUAAUUUAAAGAGAAGAGAAAAGGUUUGAGUGGGAAGAAGUUUUAGUUAUAAGUUAUGAUCAAGAAAAAGAACUCUUCACAGUUUAGACAGAAGAUUAGCUGAAUUUCUUCUUAAAUCGUAUUGAGCUUAUUUUUGUUGAGGAAGAGGAUCCUUUUUAAUACACUCAAAAGCUUAUAAAUGCCUGGAAUAUGAGAACAUUUAUGGAUUCUAUUCUUAGAUAUAAUUUUUAUUUAGAUAACAUGCCUUGCCAUGAUAUGGAAUAUAUAGAUGAACAAACAGAAAGAAAUAUUUUAAGUUUAGUUUUUAACAAAUCCAUUCUCUAAUAGGGUGAUGUAACCUAGCUUUUGGAAGAAGUAAAUUAAUAAUAUGUAAGAACAUAAAAUAAGCUCGUAUUCAAUAAAUACUUAUCUACUAAUGCAUCUGACAUAUUCCCUACUCCUCUGAUAUUACCUCCUGUAGAAGAAAAGAUAGUCCCUGAAAAAGGUAAACUUAUGUUAGAAAGACUAAAAGGAGCUAAAGAAUUAGUAGUUUAUGAAAGCGGCGUAACAUAAAGAUUCAAAGCAAAAGUUUUUGAAGAAAUUAGAAAAGAUUUUGCAAAUCAUUCAAUUUACAGCAUAAAAGAAGUUAUUUAAUGUCUUGCAAAGCUUGAGAAUGAAUGCCAAUAAAUUGAAGGAGAGGAAAUAUUUGUAUAUUUCUUUGAUAAGCCAUAGGAAAUUAAUGAAUUUAGAAUUUCAUAAGAUUCUCAUAUUGAUAGAAAGCAAGAUUUAAUUUGCAAUAAGUGGCCUGAAAGGUUAGAAAAAGUAUUUGAGAGAACCCUCUAAAUCUCUAAGAAUAAAAGCAGAAUAGUUGAUGACGAUAAGUUGGAAAGAGUUAUGGCUCUAGUUAGAUAUAAAAUGCAAGACACCAUUUAUAAUAUCUGCAACUAUUCAUUCAACAAACUCUAUGAAUUCCUUUUUUCAUUUGUUCCAGAUUAAGUAAAAAUUGUUAAUUCUGGAGAUGUAUAAAAUAUUUACGAUUCUAAGACCAAUACUCUUUAAACAUCACCUAGAGUAAUUACAAUAGAGAGUUAAAAUGGAAUGAAUUCAAUGGCUUCUUUAGUUGACUACCAAGAAAAACCUAAAAAAGAAUUUGCUCUUUAUAAAAUUGCAGUAGUAAGCAAGGAUGAUACUUUUUAGUAUUCUUAUGAUUCUAAUUUCUUCUUAGAAAUGCUUUAAGGUUAUUUCAAGAAUACCCUAAACAAAUUUCAAAAAAUAGCAGAUAUUGAGUUUAAACUGAAUUCUAACUUUUAAUUUGUGCAUAAAACGAAGCAGUAUGUAAAAGCCCCUUAACUUCCUAAUUAAGAACCUAGGAGAGCUAACUUAAAUGAGACAGGAGAUAAUAGAGUUGAUGAUGAAAAUUUAUGGGUUUGGGACUUAUGGGUAGACUUAACAUAGUUAAUCAAGAAAUGUGUUGAUCCACUAGAUGAGUACUUAACUCAUUUCAAGAAAUUUGAAAAUAUCCUAAGAUUAAACCCUGAUACAUACUCUAAAGAGUUUGAGGGAACAGAAGAAAAUCCUAGAGAUAUUUAAGAAAUAAAAGAAGAAAUUAUUUAAACAUUAAUCAAAGAAGAGGAAACAAAAAAACUUUUACCUGAACUCAUAAAGGUGUCUAUUUUUGAAAUUGACUUAAAAAUUAUCAGCAAUACUUUGGCUGGAAAAUACAAGAAAUUAUCAAAUAAUUUGAAGGACAUCAUUUGUUAGAGAGCAAAGAAAUUAACAAAUAAUAUAAUCACUGAAUUCUAAGAAAUGCACUUCACAAUAAAUAAGCAACCCUCAAAUAUUGAAGAGUUAACUGAUAUUUAAAAUUUUAUAAGCAAUGUUCCAACUGAAAUGGAGAAAAAAAAAGUAGAAAUUGAAAGAAUAUUAGAAAUUUAUGAUAUCUUAGAUGAAUUUAUGUACAGAUUAGAGAAAGAGGCAAUCAAGAGCAAACAAGAAAUGCAAUUCCUUCCUAAGAAAACUUUAUAAAUGCUAGAAAAGAGAAGUAAUCUUCUUGAUGAUAUCAAAUCUAAUUUCUUGAGAGAUUAGUAGAAAGAUUAAGAUAUGUUUAGGAAAGCUAUUGAUGCUGCCCAAAAAAAGAUUAUGACUUUCCAUAGCUACACCAAUAUCAAUCAACAUGAAGAAGUAGCUCAAAAAGCCACUGAAUUAUAUAAUGAAUUAGCCAAAAUGAUUGAACAAUCUCGUAAAUUCAACACAAGAGAACAACUCUUUGGUUAGCAAAUGACAGAUUAUUCCAAAAUUAUUUAAAUGCAAAAGGACUUCACUCCUUAUUAUAAUUUGUGGACUAUAUCUAGCAAAUGGUUUGAAAAUAUUUAAAUAUGGCUUUAUAGCAGUUGGGAUAAAUUAGAUGCUCCUUAUUGUGAAAAAUUUGUUGAAGAUGGAUUUAGAACUUUGGGCUAGACAAUUAGAUUCUUUAAAGAAAAGAAUCUUUCUGCUGUACAAAAAAUAGCUGAGAAAGUUAAAAAGGAGUUUGAUGAAUUCCGUCCAAAAGUCCCUUUGAUGGUUGCACUUAAGAAAUAAGGAAUGAAAGAUAGACAUUGGGAUGCAAUUACAAAUAAAGUUGGAUUCGAGGUUAGACCUGAUAAUAGUUUCAACUUUUAAAAAGUUUUAGAUAUGGGCUUGAUGACUCAUAUUGAACAGUGUGUAGAAAUAGGUGAAUAAGCAGCAAAAGAAUACACUAUCGAAGAAAUGUUAAAAAAUAUGAAAUCAAAAUGGGCUACUGUGGAAUUUGAUCUAAUGACCUACAAACAUUUGUUUAUCAUCAGGGGAUCUGAUGAGAUUUAAGCUCUCUUGGAUGAACAUUUAGUAAAUACUUAAGCAAUGCAGUUUUCUCCUUAUAAAAAACCAUUCGAAGAAGAAAUCAUAGAAUGGAAUAAUCAACUUAAAUUGAUGAGUGAUAUUUUGGAAGAAUGGAUUAAAGUGCAGCUGUAGUGGAUGUAUCUUUAACCUAUUUUUGACAGCAAAGAUAUAGCAAAAUAACUUCCUCAUGAAACAAGAAAGUUCAAAUAAGUUGACGAUAUUUGGAAAAAAGCUAUGAUUUAAGCUAGAGAUAAAAAAUUAGUUAUAAGAGUAUGUAGUGAGCCUAACUUACUAGAAAAUCUUCGAAAUGCUAAUGAAAAAUUUGAUUAAAUACAAAAAGAGCUAAAUAAUUACCUUGAAAAGAAGAGAGAAAAGUUUGCUCGUUUUUAUUUCUUAUCCAAUGAUGAUCUACUCGAAAUUCUUUCUUAAACCAAAGAGCCUACUGCUGUCUAGCCUCAUUUGAAGAAGGUUUUUGAAAAUAUUCAUUAAAUUGAAUUCGAUGAUUAAAAAAUCAUUCAUGCUAUGUUUUCAGCUGAAAAAGAAAAAAUUAACUUUGUCAAAACUGUAAACCCUAAUCAUAAAAAUGUAGAAGAGUGGAUGGGUGAAGUAGAAAAUAUGAUGAAAGCCUCUGUAAGAUUUGAGCUCUUUAACUCAUAUCAAAAGUAUCCAGACACACCUAGAACUCGUUGGGUUGUUUCUCAUCCAGGUUAGUGUGUUCUCAAUGGUUCUUAGAUGCACUGGACUCUAGAAGUAGAAUAAGCUUUAAAAUAAAAUUCUGUUAAGAAAUAUUGGGAUGUCCUUAGCUCUCAACUUAAUGAUUUAGUUGAUUUAGUUAGAACAAAGCUUACAAAGUAACAGAUGGUUACAAUUAAUGCACUUAUUGUCAUUGAUGUGCAUGCAAAGGAUGUGACUGAGAUUUUGUGGAGAAAUGAAAUCACUGACAUUAGUGCUUUUGAGUGGAUAUCGUAGCUAAGAUAUUAUUGGGAAAAAGAAAAUUGUAUGGUCAAAUGUAUUUAAACCUCAUUCCCUUAUGGUUAUGAGUAUUUGGGUAAUACUCUUAGAUUAGUUAUUACUCCUCUUACUGAUAAGUGUUACAUGACUUUGAUGGGUGCUCUCAAAUUAAAUUUAGGAGGUGCCCCUGCAGGACCUGCCGGUACAGGUAAAACAGAAUCGACAAAAGAUCUUGCUAAAGCACUUGCAAAGUAGUGUGUAGUAUUUAAUUGUUCUGAUAGUAUGGAUUAUAUUAUGCUUGGUAAGUUCUUUAAGGGUUUAGCUAGUGCUGGUGCUUGGUGCUGUUUUGAUGAGUUUAAUCGUAUCAAUAUUGAAGUAUUGUCAGUUAUUGCAUAGUAAUUGCUAAUUCUAUUUGGUGAAAAAGCAAAAGGUUCUUCCUAGUGUGAGUUUGAAGGAAGUAUAAUAAAAAUCUAACCUACAUUUUGUGUCUUCAUCACUAUGAAUCCAGGUUAUGCUGGUCGUACUGAAUUGCCAGACAACUUAAAGGCCCUCUUCAGAGCAGUAGCUAUGAUGGUUCCUGAUUAUGCUAUGAUUGGUGAAAUCAUGCUUUACAGUUUUGGUUUCAAAUAGGGUAGAGAUUUAGCUAAGAAAAUGGUUGCUACUUUUAAGUUAUCUUCAGAAUAAUUAUCAUCUUAAGACCAUUAUGAUUAUGGUAUGAGAGCAGUUAGAAGUGUCAUUAAUGCAGCUGGUCUUUUGAAAGCAGCAGAGCCUGAUAUGAAUGAAGAACAACUCUUACUUAGAGCCUUAAGGGAUGUUAAUGUGCCCAAAUUCCUUAAAGAUGAUCUUCCUCUAUUCGAAAAUAUUAUUUUAGAUCUUUUCCCAGGAGUUGAGAAGCCUGUAAUUAACUAUGGAGAAUUGCUUGAUGCAAUGUCAAAGUAAAGUAAAGUAUUAGGAUUAUAGCCCGUUAAGCCUUUCCUUGAUAAAGUUAUUUAGCUUUAUGAUACAAUUUAAGUUAGACAUGGUCUCAUGCUUGUUGGACCAACAGGAGGUGGUAAAACUUCAAAUUACAGAGUUCUCUAAAAGGCUAUGACUUCAUUAGAGAAAAAGGGAUAAGCAAAAGUUAAUACUCAUAUUAUGAAUCCUAAAUCAAUCACUAUGGGAUAGUUAUAUGGAUAGUUUAAUGAUGCCACUCAUGAGUGGUCUGACGGUGUUCUUGCUUAUAUUAUUAGAGAAACAGUCAAGGAUUAAUCAAGUGAUAGACAUUGGAUUGUUUUUGAUGGUCCAGUUGAUGCUAUUUGGAUUGAAUCUAUGAAUACAGUGCUUGAUGAUAAUAAGAAAUUAUGUUUAAAUAGUGGCUAAAUUCUCACACUUACUCCUUACAUGACUAUGAUGUUUGAAGUAGAAGACUUAGCGGUUGCUUCUCCUGCUACAGUUAGUCGUUGUGGAAUGGUUUAUAUGGAGCCAAGUACAAUGGGUUUAACUCCUUUAGUUAAUAGCUGGAUGGACUUUAGAAUCACUGAGUCUUUCAGAGCAAAUAAGCUUUUUGUUCCUAAAUUGCAGUCAUUAUUUGAAGAAUAUUUAGAAUUUUGCAUCGAUUUUAUUAGAAAAAAUUGCAUAGAAAUAGUUGAUUCUAUGAACAACAACCUUGCUUAGUCACUAAUGCGUAAUCUAAACUGUUUCUUAGUUAAUUAUGUUGAUACAGAUUUUAAAAAAAUACCUGCUGAAGAAAUUGAAAAAUUACUUGACCAUCUUGAAUAAAUAUUUAUUUUUAGCUUGAUUUGGUCAAUAGGAUGCACAAUCACUUAUGAAGGCAGGGUUAAAUUUGACAAUUAUCUUAGAGGUCUUAUGAAAUAAAAUCAAUGCUCUUUUAGUUUCCCUUAAGAAGGCUUGGUUUAUGAUUAUUAAUAUAUUGAGAAAAUUGGUGAAUUUUAACAUUGGAAGGAGAAUUUUAAGGAUUUUGCCAUUAAUGAUAAGCUAGGUUACCAUGAAAUUAUGAUUCCAACAGCAGAUUCCACCAGAAAUAUGUAUUUUACUAAAAUUCAUUUAACUAUUGGAUAGCACGUUAUGUCACCUGGCCCAACUGGUACAGGUAAGAGUUUAAAUCUCUUUUAACUUCUUGGUUCUUAAAUGGAUGAAUAAUUCUAAUAUAUUGCUCUUGCUUUUAGUGCUUAGACUAGUGCUAAUUAAACUUAGGAUACAAUUGAUAGCAAAAUGGAUAAGAGAAGAAAAGGCUACUAUGGCCCACCUAUCGGAAAAAAAUGCAUUAUCUUUAUUGAUGAUUUGAACAUGCCUAAAAAGGAAACUUAUGGAGCUUAGCCUCCUAUUGAACUUAUUCGUUAAUUCAUCGAUCAUAGAGGUUGGUAUAAUAGAAAGGAUCUCCAGUUUAUGAAAUUAGAAGAUAUUAUUCUUCUUACUGCUAUGGGCCCUCCUGGUGGUGGUCGUACAUUUAUAACAAACAGAUUUGUCAGACAUUUUAACAUUCUAGCUUACACUGAAUUAGAUGAAGGAACAAUUAAACAAAUUUUUGGAACUAUGUCCUCCUUUUUCUUAAAUAAAUUCGAAGAACCUAUUAAAAAGUGCAUUUAAUUGGUUGUUGACACUUCUUAUAAUGUUUAUUAGAGAGUAAGAGAAGAAUUGCUCCCUACUCCUUCAAAAUCUCACUACACAUUUAAUUUAAGAGACAUUAAUAAAGUCUUUUAAGGUGUUUGCAAUGCAUCCUCAAAGCAUGUUACUGAAUGUGCAUAAUUAGUAAGACUUUGGUUCCAUGAAAAUAUGAGAGUUUAUCAUGACCGUUUAACAACAGAAGAAGACAGAUAAUACUUAAAGAAUCUCUUGAUUGGAUAUUUUGAGCAAUUCGGCUUGAACUAAAAAGAUGUUUUAGACAUGGAUAGAAUCAUUUUUGGUGAUUUUGUUUAAGGCAGAGAUUCUGAUUCACGUCCUUAUUAAUAAGUACCUGACUUGAAUGAAUUACUAACUAAAAUGAAUGAUUUCUAAGAUGAAUAUAACAACGAAGUCGGAGUUCAUUCAAAAAAAGCUAUGAAACUAGUUAUGUUCUUAGAUGCCUGUGAACAUAUUUCCAGAAUAGCCCGUAUAAUUAGAUAGCCUCUUGGUAAUGCAUUACUUCUUGGUGUUGGAGGUUCAGGACGUCAGUCUCUUUCUAAAAUGGCAACCUUCAUUUGCAACUAUAAGCUUUUCCAAAUUGAAGUAAUAAAGAACUAUUCUAUGAAAAAUUGGAGAGAAGAUAUCAAGGAAGUAUUGAAAAUAGCAGGUAUUGAAAAUGUUCCUGUUACAUUCCUUUUCGUAGAUACUUAAAUUAUCAAUGAAUAAAUGUGCGAAGACUUGAACUCUAUUUUGAAUUCUGGAGAUGUCACAAAUAUAUAUAACGAUAAAGAUAUGGAAGAAAUAAUGGAUGCAUGCAAAGGUGAGUGCAUUAAAAAGAAUUUGUAACCCAACAAAAUGAAUGUUUUCACUUAAUAUCUAGCAAGAGUAAAAAAUAAUAUCCAUCUCGUAAUAGCUAUGUCACCAUUAGGUGAAGCUUUUACAACUCGUUUAAGAAGAUUCCCCUCAUUUGUAAGUUGUUCAACUAUUGACUGGUUUACUGAGUGGCCUGAGGAGGCCCUUAUUGGUGUUGGUCUCGGAGCAUUAAGAGAAGUUGACCAAGAACUUGGUAUUGAAGAAUAAGUAGAUUCACUUGUUGAUAUGUUUAAGAUUAUUCACAAGAGUGUUGAAAAGAUAAGUAUUAAAUAUUUAAAUGAGUUAAGAAGACACAAUUAUGUGACACCUACUUCUUACUUGGAGCUUUUACAAAUGUAUAAGCAGAUACUCAAAGAAAAAAAGACAAAAUAAAAGAAUGCUAUACUUAGACUUUAAAAUGGUCUCGAUAAAUUACACGCAGCUAAUUAAGCUACAGUUGAAUUGUAAGUUAAAUUGGGAGAUAUGAAACCGUUGUUGGAAAAAGCGUCUAUAGAAACAGAGUAAGUUAUGGCAAAAUUAUCAGUUGACUAAAAGGAAGCAGAAGAAGCUGAGAAACUUGUUGCUGCUGAAGAAAAAAUAGCCAAAGCUCAACAGUAAGAUGCAACUGAUUUAGCUGAAAAAGCUUCUGCUGCAGUCGCUGAUGCAAAUAAAAUUUUGGAUGCCACACUCUAAGAAGUACAAAAAUUGAAAAAAGAUCACUUGGUUGAAGUUAAAGCUCUACCUAAUCCUCCUAAAGCUGUGAAGGUUGUCCUUGGUGGUAUUGUGAUAUUGAAUUUAGAUUACAUCAAAAAAUGUGGUGGAAAUAUUAUUACAAAGAAAGUAGAAGGUACCUUGAAUUAAAAAGAAGAAGAUUACUUCGAAACUGCCAAAAAGUUUUUACUAAAUGAUCCAGCAGGUUUAUUGGAUAUGCUAAAAGGUUUUGAUAAAAAUAAUAUUAAUCCAAACAAUAUAUAGAAAUUAGAAAAAACUAUCAUGCCUGAUCCUGAUUUUACAUUAAGCAGAGCACAAACUUGUUCUUAUGCUGUGCAGUUCUUAUUCUAAUGGGUAAAGGCUAUGUAUGAUUACAAUAAAGUAUAUUUAGAAACUAAACCUCUCCGUGACAAGCUUGAUGAGACUUAGAAAAUUUUAGAUGAGAAAACAAAAGAACUUAAUGAAAAGAAAGCUAAGCUUGAUAAGAUUUAACAACAAAUCAAAGGUUUAGAAGAUUUAUAUAACUCAAAAGUAUAGUUAAAAGAACAGUUAACUAACUAAAUGAAUGAUUGUUAAAUUAAGCUUGAAAGAGCUAUUAAAUUAACAAGUGGAUUAUCAGGAGAGUAGAAAAGAUGGAAUUAAGAAAUUCUUAAUCUAAAAGAUGGUGAGCUUUAUCUUGCAGGUAACUCUGUUAUUGGUGCAGCUAUGGUUGCUUAUUCUGGGCCCUUCACAAGUCAUUACAGAACUGAACUAGAAUAGCAGUGGGUUAGACAGUUAACUCUUCAUUCUAUUAUGCACACAGAAAAAAUCACAAUGCGUCAGUUCUUAGGAGAAGCAGUAAAAAUUCAAUAGUGGAACAUUGCAGGUCUUCCAAAAGAUGACUCUUCCACUGAAAAUGGUAUUAUAAUAGAUCAGUCAAGAAGAUGGACUCUUAUGAUAGAUCCUUAAACUUAGGCAAAUAAAUUUAUCAAAAAUCUCGGUAAAGACCAUGCUGAAGGUUUAGAUGUUCUUAAGAUUUCCAAUCCUUAAUUAAUGAGAACUUUAGAAUUAGCAAUAUAAUUUGGUAAGAGAGUUCUCCUUGAAAACGUAGGUAGAGACUUGGAUCCAUCUUUAGAGCCUAUCCUUCAACAAUAAGUUGUAAAAGUUGGUUCAUAGUUAAGCAUAACAAUCGGUGAAAAGAAUCUAACUUACAACCCUAAUUUCAAACUUUAUAUGACAACUACUAUCCCAAAUCCUCACUACCCUCCUGAAACAUUUGUAAAAGUUACAAUAAUCAACUUUGGUAUCACUCCAAGCGGAUUAGAAGAAUAAAUGCUUGCUCAAAUUGUAGCUCUAGAAAAUCCUCAACUUGAACAGAAAAAAUUAGAUAUUGUAAUUAAGAAUGCAAACGAUAAGAGAUAGCUAUUGAAUAUCGAAGAUUCAAUUCUUUAAGAAUUAUCCAGCAUCAAAGGAGGUAUUGAAGAAGUACUGAAAGAUGAAAAUUUAAUUGAAAAGUUGCAAAACUCCAAGAAGUUUGCUGAAGAAAUUAAUAAGAGAGUAGAGGAAAGUAAAAUCACAGAAGCUUAAAUCGACGAGGCAAGAGAAGGAUAUAGACCAGUUGCUUUCAGCUCAUCUUGGUUAUUCUUCUGUAUUUUAGAUCUUUGCUUAAUUGAUCCAAUGUACUAAUAUUCUUUAUAAUGGUUUAUGAACCUUUUUGUUAUGGCAGUUGAAAACUCUGAGGUAUCUAAUAUACUUGAAGAACGUCUUGAUAACUUAGAUAAGUUCUUUACAUAUUCCCUCUAUGAAAACAUUUGCAGAUCUCUCUUUGAAAAGCACAAACUUUUAUUCUCUUUAAUGUUAACUGUCAAGAUUUUGCAAGGAAAAGAUUUAAUGAAUAAAGAAGAAUGGAGAUACUUACUUGCAGGUCCAUCUGGUGAUAUCAAGGUACCCGAAAAUCCAACUUAAUGGAUUAGUGAAAAUUCUUGGCCAGAUAUUUAUAGAUAAAUAUUUGGUAUGAACCAUAUUGAAGCUUUCAAAGGCAUCGAAGAACAUUUUAUGAAACGCCCUGAUGAUUUUAAGAUAUUAUUUGAUUCAUUAACUCCUUAAACUGAACCUUUACCUGGAGACUGGGAGAAGAAACUUAAUUAAUUUGAGAAAAUAAUUGUUUUGAAAUCAUUUAGACCUGAUAAAGUAGUUCCAGCCAUCUAGAAUUGGAUUGAAAAAAUUAUGGGUAAAAAAUUCAUUAUGGCUCCUGGCUUUGAUCUUCCUAAAUGCUUUAAGGAUUCAACUUAAGCCACUCCAUUAAUUUUUGUUCUCUCAACUGGUUCAGAUCCUGUUGCUGAUUUUAUGAGAUUUGCUGAGGAAUAAAGUAUGUUAUAGAUGUUUGAAUCUAUUUCUCUAGGACAAGGAUAGGGUGUCAAAGCAGAAAGAAUGAUUCGUGAAGCUGUAUAAAAAGGCACUUGGGUAUUGCUUUAGAAUUGUCAUUUGGCUUCAAGUUGGAUGAGUGAAUUAGAAAGAUUAUGUGAAGAAUUAGAUGGUGAUAAUGUCCAAAAAACAUUCAGAUUAUGGUUAACCAGUAUGCCAUCUAAGGAUUUCCCAAUCAGUGUUUUAUAAAAUGGUGUUAAAAUGACUUUAGAACCACCUUAAGGUCUUAGAAACAAUCUGUUAAGAACAUACAAUAAUUUAGAUUCUAAAGACUUUGAAGAAUGUCAAAAACCACUUGAGUUUAGAAGAUUGCUGUUUGGUUUUUGUCUUUUCCAUGCAAUUAUCUAAGAUAGAAGAAAGUUUGGCCCUAUUGGUUGGAAUAUCGCAUAUGAGUUUACCAACGAAGAUUUGACAGUAUGUAGAAGGUAAUUGAGAAUGCUUUUGGAUGAAUACGAAUUAGUUCCAUAUAAAGUGCUCAACUUUUUAGGUGCCGAAAUCAAUUAUGGUGGUAGAGUCACUGAUGAUAAAGAUGUCCGUUUAAUAAAAACGAUUUUACAAAAUUACGUCUGCAGCUAAGCAUUAGAUGAAGGUUAUAAGUAUUCUAAAUCUGGCAUUUAUUAUCAACCAAAAGCAGAAACCAUAGACGAUUAUAUUAGGUAUAUCACAGACCUACCUCUAAAUCCUGAGCCUGAAGCGUUCGGAUUGCAUGAUAAUGCAGAAAUCACAAAUAGUUAAAAUACAACAAGAGAAUUACUUGAAACUAUAUUGAGUGUAUAACCUCGUUCAAGUUCAUCUGGAGCCAAAAGUAGAGAAUAAUAGAUAGAAGAAAUUGCUGACUAUGUUUAAUCUCGUACUCCAGAAGUGUUUAAUUUCUAAGAGAUUUAUAAAAAAUACCCUACAAAGUAUGAAGAAAGUAUGAAUACUGUACUUGUCCAAGAAAUUAUUAGAUACAAUCGUUUACUUGCGAUCAUGAAAGAAAGCUUGAUCAAUGUCAAGAAAGCACUGAAAGGUUUAGUCGUAAUGAGUGAAGAAUUAGAGUUGUUAGCAAAUAGCUUAUUCGACAAUUAGGUCCCAAUAAUGUGGGAAGAAAAGGGCUUUUUAAGUCUGAAACCACUUAGUUCAUGGACUCAAGAUUUAAAUGAUAGAGUUAAUUUCUUAAAUGAAUGGAUUGAAAACGGUACACCAAAAGUUUUCUGGAUUUCAGGAUUCUUCUUCCCUCAGGCUUUCAUAACAGGAACUUUGUAGAAUUUUGCAAGAUAAGAGAUUAUUGCUGUUGAUAAAUUAUCAUUCGAAUUCAAAAUUCUUGAUAACUUACAUUACACAGAUAUUCAACAAAAACCUAAAAGUGGGUGCUAUAUCUAUGGAAUUUAUCUUGAAGGAGCUAAAUGGAAUUAUAAGACUCAUAUGAUUGAUGAUCCCUAACCAAAAGAAUUAUACUCUGAUCUACCCUUAAUUCAUUUAGUGCCUAAAGAAAAUAGGUAGGUACCUGAAAAUGGAAUUUAUAACAGUCCUCUUUACAAAGUAGUUUCCAGAAGAGGUACUUUAAGUACUACAGGUCACUCAACUAAUUUCGUUAUGUUUUUGGAGCUGCCAACUGAUAAAAAAUAGGAGGUUUGGAUCACUGCAGGUGUUGCUGCCUUUUUAUCAUUAAGAUAUUGA